AUGGGUCAUCACCUCGUGCUCUCGUGCACGAGCACCGACCCUCUCGCUCUCCACCAGCUGUCACUGUACGGUCAGCAGCGGCUUGUCAUCUCCUCCCUCCACCUCGCCUCCGCACGAGUGGCCUAUCUCAACGGCCCUCCCAAAGACCUGCACUCACGCGGUGACGACUCCUCUUCCUUCCUGGACUCCCCUGUAUUGUCCCCUGAAAUUUCACCUGAACGUUCCCCUGACAGGCAGGGCUCAGACCGCCGCAGCUCUCCUGAGUUUUCCUGGGUUGAAUGGCUGCGCACUAUAGCGCCAACAGUGGAGGUGCUUAUAGUGAGGCAUGGGGUGCCUGCAGAGGGGGUUAAUGCGGAGUGGAGCAGCCUGCGCAGCCUUGGGAUUGUCGUGGAGAGAGAGGAGCGGUUUGAGGUGGAUUUGAAGGCUGAGAAGCGUCGGGAUGAUGGACUUCACCCUUCCGUAGCCAUGGCUCGUAAGCGCAAGACAGCUGCAGACACAACGACCGAGUGCCCGCGGAAUCUCAACGAGAUCCCGUACAUCGCGUGGAUUAACAAGCAACUUGCCGCGGGACGCAAACCCGCUGGCCCGCUGCCUGAGGGAAUCCCUUCCCCGGGAGCCACCUCGUAUCAAGCCCCGCGUGACGUCCCGACGCGCGGGCGCCGUGACGUAGACAGGGUCGCAUCUUCACGUGUCGUCGACGACAGCGCGUAUGGUGAUGACGCUGACGACAACGACUACAACGCGUACGCCGAGGGCAGCGACGAUGAGGCGGACUCGGGGGAAGAGGAAGACAAGGGAAUGUCCGACUCUGAUGACGACGCUGAUGGUGAUGACGCCGCUGACGCCGACGAGGAGGCACCUGAAAAAACCCAGCCCGAUGCUCCGACAACUCGCCGCGGCCGUGCAAAGCCUGCUUCCGCCGUCAAGACCGCCGCCAAGGGUGGCGAACAAGCACGCCCCGCUCCGAAAACCCGCAACCACAUCCCUAAGAAGCGUAGCGUCUGGUCGAACCUGGAUAACACCACCUUUGUGGCCGCGUGCUUGUUCAUGAAGGACGAGCUCGAGCCACUCCUCGGGAAGCAAGGCUCCCAGUAUUUGGCUCGCCUCAUCAGUCACAUCGAGAAGGAGAACCUAGGGUGGGUGCGCGACGUCAACGCGGUGCAGAAGCAGUGGCGCAAUCUUGUUUGCAUCUACAAGCAGCUCAAGAAAGGGGAGAAGGCGUCCAGCAAGGGUGCGCUGUGCAAGCCACCAUUGUUCCCGUACAUGGAGCUCUUCCAGAACAAUCGUGUCGUCGCCAACCCGCAUGCCGUGGACGGCGAAGGCACGACACAUGUGAAUGUAUCGUGGGGUUUCGCGGUUUCGUCUACUUCCGCACCGUACACGUCUACGCCAACUUUCUCGGUUGCCAGUCCAGCCCCCCCUCCGUGGUGUGCUCCUCCUUCCAAGCGCCCGCGGGUUGCGGAGACGGCCACCAUGGUCGCCGCCAAGCUCGUCUGCAAGACCAUCAAGGGAUGCCACGCGGAUGCAAUGAACAAGCUUGAAGGGCUCGUCCGCGCCUGGACGCAGCAAGACGAGCGGAUUGCGCGCGAACGACUGCAGGAGACCACGUCAGCUGCACAGACGCGCAUCCACGUCCCCGCAGAUGCUGACACCUAG